GCCAUGCAAGAACUUUAUUCCUCUAGGAAGUAAAAAAUAAAGCAUCAUUUUUUUUCUGGAGAGUCUAAAAAUUAACGAUGAUGAUGUUUGACUUAUUAAUAUCGCAUUCGAGUAACGACUAUUCUCCCAGUCAGCAGAAAGGUCUCGAAUACGUUACCCAAUCGCCGGCAUUAACGCCCGCGUUUUUAGCCAGCACUUCCUACGCCAUCGAUUCUAUUUCCGGUUAUGAUUCAAACUCCCCGAUGAUGAUAAAUAAAAUAGACAAUCUCAAAUAUUUGAUAUAUACCCCCAUUAUAAGCAUUUUAAUCGUACUGGGGAUUUUCGGAAAUUGCUGCAUUAUCGCUGUAUGCUGCCUUCAGAAGACCCUAUCCACUGGAUACACGUAUAUCGGAUUUUUGGCUUUCUCCGAUUUAGUCGCCUGUCUCACUAUGAUACCGUGGCCCGUUGUGCACUUACUCGCGAUUCAUCAUCGUUGGUCUUUCGGCAUGACUUACGGCUGGAAUUUUUUCCUCGUGAGAUUUACCUUAUUUUUGGUUAACACCUUCAUGAAAUUCAGCGCCCUACUGACAUGCGCACUGAGUUUGGACCGGUACGUAGCCCUCCAUUAUCCGCAUAGGUAUGCGGCAAUAACCAAACUCCAAGCGUCCUCCAGAUUUUACACCAAGCUUAUAGUAGGAAUAUGCUUUUUCCUGGCUUUCAGCUUGAUGAUUCCUAGGAUCAAAAAAUUUGAUAUAUCCGGCACCAAUUGUUCAAAUUUUGACCCAGAAUAUUCGAUGUACGAUAAAGUUAACAAGCAUAAAUACGGGCAAAAAUUGAAAUCCCUGGUUCUCGAAGACAAAGUAUUAUGGUUCGGAAAUCCACGUAUGCCACGAGAUAAUCAAUAUUUUGACUACCCUUCUAAAAGAUCUAUCAUAGAUUCCGGUAAAACGAAUAUUUUCCUGGCUAACGAGGGCGGUUUCCGUGAACCCGUAGACGGGCACCCGAUUAAAAGACGGGUCGGCCAGCUGGUAAAGCCUACUUGUUAUAAUUUUAUCGUUAACAAAGAAUACCAUUCAUCGAGGAUUUACGUGAUUUACAAAUGGUGGCGCGAAAUAUUUUUAACUUGGAUCCCUCUUAUCCUGUUAUUCUUCCUUAAUUCGUGCAUCAUUCACAAGUACAAAAAAGACAUUAUGAGAAAAAAGUAUUCCAUGAUAAUAACGUCACAGGGUACGGGAGGCCCGACUACCACGGAUCUUAAUGUUUCUGAGCAAUUUGGCGAAAGUAGAUUGAAUCGAAGAGCCAGCAAACUGAGGAGAAAAACAUUGGCCUUUUUGACCCCCCGAACUAUAAAUAAAGACGAAAUUUUGUCGGAUGCUAAUAAUAAGCUAAAAAUUUCUCCGUCUGAUAGUAACUUUAAUAGAAGACGUAAACAUAAAAGUAAUAGUAUCGUUAUGUAUCCUACAUCGAUUAGGAGGGUAAACGGGUUGGCGCGAGCGACUACACCUCCUAUAAUAGCCAAGAAGGAUAAGAACACCGAUAAACUUAACACAUUUAAUUUCGACGAAAGAUCGUCACCAACGAGUAGCAAUAAACAACACACUUCUAUUACCGAUUUAUGCGAUUAUAGUGAGGAUAACAAAAUCCUAAAACAAAAUACUAGGAAAGGAUCCUUCCAGGAGCCAACCAAUAAAGAGUCCAUAACUCAAGAUACUGGUAACUCUACUAUGGGCGCCCGAAGAUUAAACCCUAUCUUUGAAACUAAUACAAAUGACAUCAAAAUCAUAGUGCCCGAUACAAGACCUAGAAAAAAUGUUCCAAAAGAAGAUGCCGACGAAUCUUUAAACUAUGCUGCCGUUCCUUUAUUAUCGAUUAAUAAUGCCAAAGCAAAUCUAACCAGUAACAAUAGCCCUCCAAAAAACUUGCAAUUCAAUCAUGAAUCUAUUAGCCUAACUAAUACGUAUGAUAACAUCAACAAGAGAAGAAGUAACUCGUUUAGAAAAUUUAUCAAUCCCCUCAUCAAAUACAGGCCAUCCUUAUCGCUUAGCAUUAAAAGCCAAUAUAUAAGAGAUGGUAGUUUGACGAUGUCAGAGGAUCUCGUCGAAAAACAUAAAAGAUACGCCAGGGACGAAUGUAAUCUCACCUUGAUGCUUAUUAUAACUGUGCUACAGCACUUGAUAUGCACGGGCCCGCAGGCAAUCAUAACUAUAUUCGAUACCGCCGAAAAUAGAAAAAUGUCAUACCCCUUAGAAAUUAUUUUUCUCGUCACGAAUUGCUUAGAGGCCCUAAAUUAUGUUCUAAACUUCUACAUAUAUUGUUACUUCGUUAAAGAUUUUAAGGCCUCCUUUUUGAACAUGUUUUCUAACCGCAAGAAAAAGCGUCGAAAAAGUUGCCAAAUACAAUUGCCUCGGUAAAUAUAAA